AUGGUGACUAAAGGGGAAAGCGGAAAAGAACAGCAGAAAGUGGAUAGCGGGAUUGGUUCUCACUGCGGAAGCUUGCUAUUUCCUUCUCUGUAUGAUUUCCAGCAUGGUCCAGCAUUGGGUGCUACCCUUUUCCUUGUACCCAUGCGACCGGCUCUGACUCAAUUGUUGAAGAGGCCUUCUGCCCUCUCGAUCAUAGAUUGCCUCACAGCAUCUCCCAUUGGAAUCGAACAGCUUGAUUCAAGAUACACGCGUCUUCGAUGCCAGUCGCAAUGUGCCAAACAGUCGCACUUGGCCGGCGAUGAUACUGCUGGUGGGGUUAAAGGGCACCGAACGAGACCCCUAUGGCGACCCAAAGCCAAAAAGAAGGAACUAAGUUUCGCUGUUUACGAUAUUGAACCAACCCACGACGACGACUCGGAAUCUCACGUCCACGGAAAUCGUUCAACCUCGAGUGACCCCGCGAAGACCCCUUCUCAGCAACUACGACUGGAUCCAGAGAGAUUAGAGUUCGAAUCAGAUAUCGGACACACCGAUGAACCAGGGUCACGAUUGGUGGAUCUGCCUGAGCACAGAAACGACUUUGAGCUUUGGGAGGAGCUUCUUCGAUUCCGUCAGCGACAUUACGGAGACAAGGGGACUGAAACAAUAUGGGAGGGAAUGACACAACGAGUUGAUGGACUGCAAAUCCCUCUUUCUGGAGAUCGUGCAGACUUCUUCUGGCAAAGUUUUGUGAGUCUCGGUCUGAAACGCGAGAUCUUCCUGCGAGAGGUUAUGAACUACGCAAUAUCAAUUUGGGGAGAUGAUGGUGAGUGCUGGCCACGACUCCAUGAGUAUGUGGUGGGCGGUCUGCUGGAACGAGGAAUGGACAAACAGGCGAUUGAAUGGCAUCGAAAACUUCAGAACUCAAAGCUAGCACAGCCCGGAGACCUCCCACGAAUCCUUCCACAUGUUGUGUCACCGCCAAAACUUGCGCCCACCUCUGAUCUACUUCUGUUGUCUGGUGUUCAAUCUGCAACCCGGUCGAAGGGAACUCGUUUGCGGCUUAGAACCUUGAAGGAACUAUGUCGUGAGGUCGACCAUAAUGUGUAUGGCCUGGUCAUUAAAAGUAUCCUCGAACAAGGUCACGGAGAACACGCAUUAGCAAUGCAUAACUGGUUGACAGCUCGGCAAGACCAUCCGCAAUCAAUGAAGGAAAUAGAUCCGCUGUUGGACUACACAAGAGAUUAUGGACUCCGGCAAGAAUAUGACAAUCUCCGAGAGUAUGCCCAAACGAGAUUUCCGUCACCAUCAUGUGGAUCAGAGGUGUCAGAGAAGACACUUGACGCGAAAGAGGCAGAGCGCCAAGAUGAAGAGGUCUCUCUCGGCAAAAAACACUCAUACAGGGAUGAUCUCGCCGCUAGACUAUUUGCGACUCGCGCGUUGAAUAUGGAUAUGGUUAUUGGUGGACUCAGGAUGAUUGGUGUUUCACAAAUUGGUCCACGCACUCUGCGAGAAAUGGCCUUGAGAGUUCAGGAUGGCCAAGAGAUCCUGGCCAAUCUUAAAUUGCUUCGUUUGUCUGGUAUCUCAGUAGCAGACAGCGUCUUCACUCGACUAGUUCCGAAGCUUGCUGCUCAGAAUCGAGAGUUCCUCCUUUCCGACUUGUUACAGAGUGACCAUCACCCGGAUGUCUUGGAGGAUCGGCAAGUCCAGGAAUCUCUUUUGGUUUCUUACUACAUGGCGCGCGACUGGAGGCAGUACAAUAUUUCCCUUGCGAUUCUGGCUGAGCAUUUCCCAAAUUGCCCCGACUUAAUGGACAUUCAUUUCCGUAAGCAUUUGGCCGCUGGGGAGCUUAGUGCCGCAUCGAAGGUCGUGGACGAACUCACUCUGCGCGGCAGGACUUUGAGUGAAGAUAGCGUGGACUUUAUGGCAGACAAGCUGCUACCUAAUCGCCGCAUGCAUCAUAGACCACAGCAAUCCGAGGGAAUAUCCGAACGUGAUGCAAUGAUCUUUCUAUUCGGAGUCCUCCAGCGGGUGGUUCCUACUGGAUGCUAUGUCAGUGCAGCAUUUUGGGAAGAAUUCCUGAAGCGCCUGGGUAUGGGUAAUUACUGGGAUGAAUUACGGGAAUGUUGUCUCUGGCUUGCUCAGCAGUAUGCCCAUGGACCAGCCGAAAGCGACAAACACCGGGGAAUCUUUUUAUCUCAAGCACCAUCCGUCAAAGCCGACAGCAGGGUGCUUACGCUUGUUCUGGGUGACAAGAUGCAGCAAGCCAUCGUUGCCUGGGGAUUCCAGUUCCGCGUGACUCGUGACACGGAGGCUAAAUGCGCCCUUCAACACCCAGCUACUGGUGACAAACUGAUUCCUUGGGUUCGGGGUCUUUUACUUCUCCGCGAACUAGAGCAAGCCGGUCUUACUCUCCACGCGGGCCCCAUUCGCUCGGCGACUCGAAUUCGGUUGAACCUGCUUUUUGGAACAUACUCGCACUCUGCAGUGCGUCUUAAUCGCAUGUUGCGACGGGUGAACCCUUAUCAUCUCGGUCGCGUGCUGGACGAUAUCAAGCUUGCCUGGGGCGAGUCUUUAUUUGAUGAAGAGGAAAUUGAGCGACCUGAGCAGCUCGUCAACCCUCCUCGUACGUUGCGAUCGCGGAAGAAUUCUGCUAAAGUUAUUUUGUCACAACGAAGAGCUCGAUAG